AUGUCUAUUAAUAUCAACAUCAACGCAGAUCUUAAUGAUCUUCUAAAGAGCACGGGUAAGAUGUUCACCAGAAGUAAGCACUCUGCUUACGACAUAAAAGGCGGUGGUAGGUUCAUUGGUGGAGAAGAAAAUGGCAUUGUAUUUUCAUGCUGCUUCCAUCCGACAAAGGAACAUUCAGCAUCAGUGAUACCUGGUAAUGGCGCCGCUCCGUAUCCGAGAACCAAACAAUGGGUUCCUCCUGGACAAUGGGCCAUAACAUAUACGAACGCUGGCUUAAUGGGAAAUAAAUCCAAAUAUGAUAUCAAAGAAUGA